ACCUCUGCAGCAACGGGUAGUGUACCACGCAUAUCUAGCUGACUUUAGUUGCAGGGAAUAUACAACUAUACAAGUCUUACGGGGGAAUAGCUUUAACCGCCUACACAUUUCUUCUUACCUAUUUUUCCCUGGGGUGGUAACUUUGGUUAAUCAUUUUAAUAAAGUAUGUCAAAGGGCUGUACACACUGGAGCUAUCUAGCUAGCUCAGUUCUUACCUUGUACAUAAUGUAUUGAACUACAGUCAUCACCAGGUGCAGUCCAUUAGUUAGAUCCUCACCUGGCACGUCAACGUUGGUCUCCAUGGGGUCAGUGUCCUCCUCUCUAUGGCACUUGUACACCAGCAUGUAGGCGUUCCUGGAGCAGUGGUAUCCUUUACUGCACUUGGGCUUACGGGUCUGGGACUUCACCGUCUCGGCUGGAGAAAGAUCAGAACAGUAGCAGAGAACAGGUAUAAGAGAAGCCAUGUUGAAGAGUGUCAACGUGGUGGACUUCUGUGGCCAGAACAUCCGGGGCAACGGGAUGAUUGUCAACUCACACCAGGAGUCCAAGAAGUACUACUUUGUCACCAUGGGAACAGACUGCCACUUCACUAUGCAGGCUGCCUCCCCCAAGGACAAGGUACAGUUCCACUUCCGCUUCUUCCUGGUCUACAGCCUGCUUCGUUUAGCACCCCAAAGUCCCACCUCCUUGUUCCCUGAGUCCCCCCGGGACCUCCGAUUAGAGCCUUCGAAUCCAGUGGUGGAGCCAAGGGACCCGUGUCAUGCGGGGUCAUACAUUCAGUUCUAUGAUGGGCGGGACAAGAACUCGCCUCCAAUUGGGCCACCGCUGUGUGGGAAGAGCCCACCCCGUCCGGUGCUGUCCACAGGGAAUCACUUGACCCUGCGUCUGGUAACCCGCGGUACCCAGCCAAGAGUGGACUUUGUGGGGGACUUUACCUCCUUCAGACUGGGUUUUAACCAAUCCGCGUGCAGCGGCGAACCUUAUUUCCCGUGUCGCAAUGGGAAGUGUAUCCCCAUGAGUCUGGUGUGUGACGACAAGGGCAUUGAUAACUGUGGGGACGGGAGCGACCUAGAGGAUCACCUGCCCUCAGGGUGCAAAGGUCACUUAGCAGGUCAGCUGGCUCCAGCCCAAGCCACUCCCCCAGCAGUGACCCCAACCCCUCCUGUCUUAAAUCCGCCAACUUUUCCCAUGUCCACCUAUAGGAACUGUGGCACUCCAGACGGCGUACCCAAUCACGACUCAGUGACAGACUCUCCACCCUACCUGUCCCUGCUGGCGCUCUUCAUCACCCUGGGUGUGAUAGCUGGUUUUGUCCUGCUGUGUUGGUGCUGCUGGUCUCCAGGCUGGUUCCUCUGGAGGAUCAUUGUCUGCCACUUCCUACCCUGCUGUAACUCAGCCUGUGCCUUCUGCAAGCUCUGUGCCCGAAGCUGUUCCCAGAACAAGGAGCACCGACUGGCUAAGGUUUCACCACAAGGACAGGUCACAACCAACAAUGCCGCCUUGGCCACCCUCACCACAGCCACGGCUAGCGCCACUACUGUCGCUGUGUAGGGGGUCGCUAUAUAGCGUAGGACUGUUAUCGCUAUGUAGGGUAACCACCAUGAUGGCUAACAGUGAGACAGAUGGACUCAUGGACAUGAUGACCCAGAUUUCAUGUUCUAGACUGAUGGACUGAGAUGAGACUCAUCUUUUUGCUAGUUUACAAGAAUGUCAUGGAAGAAGGGGUACUGCAGGGUGUACGUUUGCAUUUUCAGUGGAAAUGAGACAGUGUCAUUAUCUUCUCCCCACAUUUGGACAGUUCUUAAAAUGGGGAGAGGCUUCACUUUUGAAUGUUUCACUCACUGUAUGAUCCUUUUUUGUUGUUGCUUUAAUAACCUGUUAUGGCUGCAAGGGGCAGUAUUGAGUAGCCAGUUAAAUCGUGCCCAUU